UUGAGUUCCAAAUGGGUUCUUGGAACUUUACAGAAAGUGGACAUGGUAAAGGUGCAGCGGACGGUAUAGGAGGGGUAGUAAAACGUACAGCUGAUGCUAUUGUGUCAAUGGGUACAGAUAUAUCAGACGCUAAAUCUUUUUAUGAAGAAGUUAGUAAACGUGUCAAUAAUGUACGUUUAUUUCUUAUUGCUUCUGAGGAUAUUGACAAGGUUACAGCCAGUAUUCCCACACAUAUUCCUACUAUUAAAGGGACAAUGAAGCUCCACCAGGUUGUUAUAAACAUAGCCCAUAGAGGUAUAAUGCAUCUGAGGGAACUUAGUUGCUUCUGCACGUGGCCCACAUGUUGUAAGUGUUACAUAGCAGAAACGUCAGAAUGUAUUCUAAUGUCCCAACAUGACUCUGUUUCGCCUAGCAAUAAUGAUGCAGAUAAAAGAUGCGAAACUGGAAGGACAACUAAUAUGGAUUGUAGAAGUCAGGGAGUAUUCACUCAUGAUACUAUUUACAGGGAACCACAGACACCACCAACGGAUGUAGAAGCUUUGAAAACACCGAAAAAUGUUGACCCGCAGAAAAUAUUGACGAAAAUUGAACCGCAUCCAGAUCUUAUUGGAAACUGGUGUGUUGUCCGGUAUGACGACAAGGCUUAUCCAGGUAUCAUUCAGGAUUUGGAUGACGACUCUGCAGAAGUAAAGGUAAUGCACCGUAUAGGUGAAAACCGUUACUUUUGGCCGUAUUUGGAAGAUUGUAUCUGGUAUAACUGGGAAAACUUACUUAUGCUUAUUCCGGAGCCAUUACAUGUGACAGGUAGACAUGUGCAGAUCGACCCAAGCCAUUGGACGGAGGUUAAACAUAUGUUAAACGAAUGAUGGAAUAACAUAUAACUUAACAUGCAACA